AUGAUUUAUAAUUCUUCUUCUGGCCAUCCCACAUUGCUCACUGCUGCCCAGUUCUCCGAGCUUGCCCAGCGCAUCGCCAAAAUAUUCGAACAAAUACAACACUCUAAACUCAAGAAUGAUACCAAGAACUACGUUAAACUCUAUGAAAUACAGAAGAAAUAUGCUUCUCAUGUUCUAAAGACAGACGAUGGUUAUGAUAGACUGAUUGGAGAGCAUCGGUUCUUUAAAAUAUUCCAAGACAUGGUCCAGCGUUUCAUUCUAUUGAAAAAGGGUGUCUUCGCAGCCGACUGUGCGGUGACGUUUAUAGGUGGAUACGUUAAAUUUAUUAACGAGAAAGUGCCAACGCCUGAAAGCAGUGUUGUAGACGAUGAAGAAGACGAUGAACAGGAAAUUGAAGAAUUGGGCGGGAAAACAUUUGAAGCACGUUUCAUCAAGACUUUGCUCGACUAUCUACUGCGCGGUUUUGAUGCCAAAGACAAGAACGUUCGAUAUCGAGUCCUGCAGGUCGUCACUGGAAUGAUCUCGCAUCUAGGAGUAAUCCAUGAAAAACUUUAUACCACAUUACGAGCUGGAUUUAUCGCGCGUGCAAUGGACAAAGAAAGUCAUGUUCGCACCCAAGCAUUAAUAUCGUUAAUCAAACUCCUCAAAGAAACCUAUCCAGAAGAUAUUUCUGAUUUAAACGGCCAACCGUCGAUCAUGGAUGUACUUCUGGACAGACUGUCUUAUGAUCCUGCAGCUGACGUUCGUCAUACCAUCUUACAUCACGUACCAAUCAACCCUCAAUCACUUCCUGCUAUCCUUGAAAGGUGCCGCGAUACAGAUAUUAACGUGCGAAGGGAAGUUUAUAUGAAACUUUCAAAUUUUGAAAAGAUCGCGGACGCAGGAGUUGCUGCUGAUGCCAGUAACGAUUUGAUUGAUCCUCAUCCGGAAAAUUUGACCCUUGCACAACGAGAAUACGUUGUAAAAACAGGUCUCGGGGACAGAGGGGCUACUGUUCGGUCAGCAGCAAAAAAACUUGUCUGGAGUUGGAUUGACGCCAUCGAUGCCGCGACGAAUGACAAAGAUGUAGGAAUCAAGAAGAACCCCGCGAAAGCAUGGCAAACCUUACUCCCCGCCUUUCUGAGGCUUUUCGACCUUUGCAAUGGGUCAAAGGUUGCGGCAGAUGCUCUUAUCGGCGCGUUCUCCGAAAGACCUGUAGUAAUCCAAAAAGCAGAAUUCAGUGAGCAGUACUGGCUGACCCUCACACCGCAGAAAACACUUUUUGGUAGAGUCUUCAUCGAGCACUGCAGCAACACCAACAAUGAUGCGAGGCUGGAAGUUAUUCUACCUGACGUCGCUGCCAUUGCUCUGAAGAUUCGGUCGGUGUAUAACAUGAUUGUCAACAAUGUAGUCACCGCAGAUGGGAACAUGGAUGAGGACCACAAACCUGAUGCCUCUGAAGACGAUGCUGACUCACGAAACGUGAUCAUGUUAGAGCUCCUCAAGUUGGCUUUACAUCUAGACUAUUCAGAAGAUCUUGGAAAGAGACAUACCCUUCAGCUGAUGCGUGACAUGAUCAGCAACAACUCCCUUCCCGAAAAUUUUAUUGCACCAUGCUUCGAUAUUUUGCGAAUUCUUUCCUCCAGUGAAAGAGAUUUUAUUCGAAUGGUAGUGGAAACGAUCACAGAUCUACGUGAUGCAGUUUGCUUUGAUGAGGUUGAGACAAUAAAAUUAGAGAACGUAGAUGACCCGAGCUUGGAAGAAUCAUCAAAAUCUGCAGCGAAUAAAAUAACUUGGGAAAACAUGACCACAGAACAAAAAUCGCGGGCAGAUAACGUAGAUUUAAGAUGUCUCAAAAUGUUCAGUGAAAUGCUCAAACGUGUAAACACCACAUUCGACAAAAACAGCGUACUUCAGGGUGUUGUACGUGACUUGAUAAUUCCUGCUAUGCGACGAGAAGAUUCUCCUAUCUUCAUGGAGGAGGCAUGGAAAUCAUUGGGACUAUGCUGUUUAAUUGCAAAGGAUAUAGCACAGUGGUGUUUUGAUGAAAUUGUGGAACGUAUUCCAACGUCGUCCGGUGACAUGAAGACAAUUCUUAUUCAAUCGCUUUUCGAUAUUGUUAUUGUUCACAGAAGUGGAUUUUUUGUGACAGAUAAUCACAAAUACACGUUGGAAUCAUUCACUAACCUACUUCACGGAAAAAUUCUGCAGGAGGAAGAUCCGACAGUAAAAGCUUUGUGGUAUAUGGGUACUGCCAAACUAGUGAUCCCUGGAGUAAUAACUACUGUCGAGACGAUGAAAGUUCUUCUGAAAGCAUUCUUAUCUCCUUUGACGGCUGAUAACAAUGAAUUACGUCAAUUUUCCAAUUAUUUCUUUCAAAGAUAUAGCUUCGCAUGCCGGCCCAACCAGAAGAAGAUAGCAGAUAUGUUCGUCGAAGUAUUCCUAGACGUUUCUGAAGACCGUAAACUUUUUGCUGACUUGGACGAGGACAUGGAGGCUGUUGCUUCUUCGAGUGUUGCGAAUAUGUUCAUUGAGCUGACAGACCCUUUUAGAGUUGAAGCGGGAAGUGAUAUAAAAGGCCCCAAUAAUGCCAAUGACGAUGUUCAACUUGAUAUGGCACAGGAUGUGAUUCGACUCCUGUAUGGCCAAGGAUUAAAAAUAAACCUCCAAAAGGAGGAUAAAAAGGUUCUUUGCCAACUUCUCAACAAGCUACACAUCCCACAUGUUGUAGAUGAUUAUAAAAUACGCUCUUUGAAGAUACUUAUGGAUAAUUUAAUUACUCGAAGACCUUUGAAAGACUCUGUCUGUUUGAAUGCAUUCAACAAAUUUCAGGCUACUAUAUCCAAGAAAUUCGAAGAACAGCUAGAGGGUUUUAGUGAAGAGGAUCUUAGAGAGCUUGAAGAUCUUGCCGAGGUCUUCGAAUUUAUCGAUAGCAUGACUCCACUUGAUGAUGACGAUGACCAACACCCUUUUGAAUCUAGAAAGAAGGGGAAAAAACGACGUUCCAAUAGCUUAACAAGUGUUAAUGAAAGUCGCCCUCAGUCCCCUGAUCCAUCAGAACGUCGUAAACCUAAACGACUUCGGUUAUCCAACGUGUCUGUUGAAGAGGACAGCACAAUUGAAUCAACGUCAAAGCCACGGAAGACAAAGGUACCGAAAAAACCGAGUACUCUAAUUGUCGCACCUGAAGUUAUCGUCAUAAGCUCCGACAGCGAUGAGGAGCCUGUGCCGCCUAGGACGGCAAAAACGUUUGUACCACGACCCAGAACAAUGAUGAAAGAAGAGCCUUCUCAAGUCGAACCUGCUCUCAUUAGUAGCGCUGGCUCCCUCAGUUUGAACGAAGCUCCAGAUGACUCAGUCAUGGAUUCUGAACCUGGUUCUGAAGAAGAAGUCAAUAACCUCCUCGCUGAUCUGGAGUGA